AUGAAUCCUCUCAAAACGUUGAAGUCAUGCUUUAGACCAAAUCAGAAGGAAGAAAUAUCAGUCGAGUUCUUGAAGAACGGUGGCGAACUACUGGAGGAUCUUAUUGCAUCUUUUGAUGGACGCCAUAGAAUUCCAAUCGUUAGCUUCUCUGCCAAAGAGCUAAAGUCUCGCUGUUUGCUGAAGCACGUUUGUGUGCAUAUCAGUGAAAAUGGUUAUUUAUUUAAAGGAUGUUUGGGAGAACGCCCAGUUUUAGUGAAGAUGUUCCGUGAGGAACUAAUCAGUCACCGGCAAAAUAAUGGGGCCAUCCGUGAUAUAGUGAUUACAUCACAAAUGAGCCAUCUCAAAAAUGUAUUAAAGCUUAUAGGCUGUUGCCUGGAAUUCAAAUACGCGGCGAUGGUAUAUGAAGAUGCUGGAAUUGAACUUCUUAGUGAUCUACUUUACUCGAACUGCAAUAUUUUUUUCCCCUGGAAAAGCAGACUCAAAGUCGCAGCUGAUAUUGCAUAUGUAAUUGCCUAUCUCCAUGCUGCAUUUCCCAGGCCUGUGAUCUAUAAUAGAGAGCUAAGGACAGAUAAAGUGAUCAUCGAUCGAUUUGGUGUUACUAAAUUGUUUGACUUCUCAAACUCAGUAAUGCUUCCUCCUGGAGAAUUCCAGAUGAAAGAUGUUUUGUUAGUGGAUUGUAUAAAUAUGGACCCUGAGUAUGCAAAGUCAAAAACUCUUAACCACAAAACUGAUGUCUAUAGUAUUGGCUUGCUUUUACUCAUUCUCCUGGCUGGACAACAAUCUAUAUGGCCACAUCCGGUAGAUGAAAUAGUCAGAAUCAGUAAGUGCGACACGGGCUUUUUGCAGAAGGAUCAAUUAAGACAUUAUGUAGAUCAGAAAAUUACAGAAGAAGGGGGGAAUGAAGCAGAGAUGCAAUUGCAAGAUUUCCUAGAUAUUGCUCACAGAUGCAUCCAAGUGAAGGGAAAAGAUAGGCCAGAUAUGAUGACUGUUGCUAAAGCGCUGCGGAAAAUCGAGAAGUCAGGUCACCGUUCCUAG